GGAUAACCCUUUGGUUUAUGCUCACUGCUCCGCUUAUGAUAUGGGAUGCUGGAUACUGUCUCAUGAGACCUCGUUCAAUGGUCGGCGGCGACUUGCACUGGGCAUGGAAGUUGUACGAUUUUUACGGACAGAUAGACAAGGUCUACGGUGUGAAAGCGUUUGAGGAUGGCGAUGGGUUCGCUAACGCCGCAGCUAUUCUCAACCUUCUCGAAAACUUUGCCACGAUAACGUAUCUCGUCCUUGUAUAUGCCUUCAAGUCUGACAUUGCGCCGCUGUUUGGCUACACCGGUGCUACGAUGACUCUGGCCAAGACAAUCCUCUAUUUGGCGCAAGAGUACUAUUGCGGAUGGUGCGCUAUAGGGCACAAUGACUUUGUGGACGUUUUUGCUUACUGGAUAUGUCCAAACAUCGUCUGGUGCACAAUAUCCAGCUUGACUAUGUAUAGGUUGGGCAACGACAUUGCCUUGUCCUUACGACAGCGCAAAACUACUGUAAAACAAGACUAAUACAUAGAUUGUAGGACAACCUCGAAUGCAGCGAUUGCUUACGUAUAUUUGUCUUUGAGAGACGAACUUGGGGUGGAUCGGAUCCUGAGAAUCUGUCGUUUGUGACCUAUCCACAAGUUUAUCCGUCUUUGCUGUUUCGCUGUAAAAAAUUGCGUUCUGGAGGCACGGAGCGGGGGGACGGAGUUGAGGCGGCAAGAGCAAUUCUACGCGCGAUCAACACCCGCAGAUUUCUUGUAGGGAAAGAAGACAGGGCGUUUGUUGUCUCCUUUUCGUAUCAUACUAAAUCCGGGACGCGCGAAGGCCGCUUCAGUGAGGAGAUCGAGGCGCUCGACAGAGUCUAGAGGUCCAAUGGCGGCGGCAACGUAGAGAC